UCAUUCUUUCAAAGUCAACUCAAUAAUGUCAGUUAAGCUUGUGACUUUCUUGCUGCUCCAAGCCGCAGCGGCCUUCCUGGCGGGCGUUCGUUCAAUACCUCAGCCCGUCAAUCAGCUCUUGGGACGCCAGCCACGCAUCAAUGGUCGCAUUGUUGGGGGUCACUCUAUAAAUAUAACACAGGCUCCAUAUCAGGUCUCUUUGGCGAAUAUUCACUGUGGUGGCUCCAUAAUCUCUAACCAGUGGAUACUGACGGCAGCGCAUUGCAUCUUUGGCGCACAACCUAAUCAGAUACAAGUGCGAUUGGGCAGCUCUGAAAAUGUUGGGCUAAAUGGGCAACUGCUAGGCAUCAAAAAGAUCGUUAGCCAUGAAAAGUACAACCAAACUACGUACGACUAUGAUUUUUCACUCUUGGAGCUCCAGGAACCAAUUGAAUUCGAUGAGACCAAGCAGGCCGUUAAGCUGCCGAAGCAGGGUCAAGAGUUUAAGGACGGUGAAAUGUGCUAUGCUAGCGGCUGGGGCAAAACAGACAAUCCUCUGAACUUUAGCGGUCAGCUGCAGCAGGUGCAGGUGCCGCUGAUCAAGCAGCAGGAGUGUGAGAGGUUACUCUAUUCACUGAAGGUGACUGAUAGCAUGAUCUGUGCUGGCUACCCGCAAGGCGGCAAGAAUGUCUGUAGUGGCGAUUCUGGCGGUCCCCUGGUGAGUUCGGAUGGCCUGUUGGUGGGUGUGGUCUCGUGGACCUUAAUACCCUGCAACAUGCCCAACUCUGCGGGCGUAUAUGGUAGAGUAUCCACUGUUCGUGAAUGGAUUAGAGAGCACAGCGGUAUUUGA